AAUUUGCUGACAGUACUGACUUGGUAGCUUCGUCGUUUAGAUCAUUUUUGUAGUUAAAAUUGUAUAAAACAAAAAUAACUAAAUAUAAAAAUGUUAGCUAGGCCAAUAAGGUUACUUUGCUAUAUGUUUGCAUUGGCAUUAGCAGUUCCUGCGGCCUUUGCGAAAGGACCAUCUAUGUUGUUAAGUUUCACACCAUGCCGUUUAAGUGAUCCGAAUCUAAACCAGUGCAUUUGGAAAGCUUUGGAUGAAGCUAUACCUAUCAUAGCCCCUGGCGUCCCUCGACUUGGGUUACCCCAAAUGGACCCUUAUCACCUGAAAUCGAUGGAAGUCUCUAAAGGCCAAAGUCAAAAUCAAGUAGUUUUCAAACUCAGAGACUUAGAUGUGCAUGGUAUACGUUCUUUUGCUAUCAACGCUAUAAAUUUUGAUCGAAAAACCUACAAAUGCUUUGUCGGUAUAGAAGCGAGAGAACGUUUUAUAAAUAAGGGUUUUUACGAAAUUAGUGGAAGAUUGUUUAUGGUACCGGUCCAAGGAAAAGGAAAAUUCGAAACCUGGAUGGACAACUACAAAAGUAAUUUUACGAUACAAUUUCAAAAAAUUACAAAGGACGGAGAGUAUUUUUUGGAACCUUUACAUUUAUCGAAGACAAUAUCAGUUUCAAGAAUCCAUUUUCAUUUUUACAACUUAUUCAAUGGAAACAGAAUUCUCGGCGAUACAGUAAACAAUUUAAUGAAUCAAAAUUGGGAGGAGAUGCUGGAUGAUUUUAAACCUACUAUCAUGAAACUGUUUGAUCAAGUAUUCAUGGGCUAUAUUAAGACGUUUUGCCAAACAGUCCCGAUGGGUGAUUAUCUACAGGACUAACUAAUAUUUAAUUUGAAAAAUAAUAUCAAAAUCAAAACCAAUACAAUAAAAUUGCACUUGGUGUAGUGUGUUUGAAAAAUAAGGGAACUAUUGCUGUGUUAAUAAAUUCAACGUUUCUUAAUGUCCACUCUGUUUAAAAAUAUUUUAUAGUUUAUCUCUAAAUACCAAGUAUAUAUUAUGUAUACCAUUAUAUUAUUUGUUAAAUAGCACCCUACUAUUAUUAUAUGUAUCUAAAGUUGAUUUAGUUUUAUUUAUAUUUUUUCGAGAAUGUACAACAACAAUGAUAAGAUGGAAACAAAAUCCUUGGUGUAUACAAUAUGUGAAUCAAGUAUUACAAAUAAUUAAUUACAAAAAAAGUUAUUCAAGCUCUAAUAGUUAGAAUUCUGAAAAUUAUAAUAUUUUAUAUUUAUUCAUGUGAAACACGAUAUUAUUCAUAGAUCUAAAUUUAGAAGGUUUUCGUAUAAUAUUAUUGUAAUGUGCAUAUUAAAUAUUGUUAAAUUAACAUUUAGUUGAAUAUUUUAUAAACUUGAC